AAUCUGGAAUUGAUACCGUAAGGAAGCUCAGACAGGAUCAAGAGGUAAGCUGGAUGCUCCAGUUGUUCUAAGUGGGAUUUCAACAGUGACCAUCAUGUCUGCUCUGGCCUGGAAUUACAAAUAUGAACGUGCAUCCAUUCACAUUAACAACUUGUCCACUAUCAACCCAAAUCAUGCAUCGCAUUGAGAGUAUUGAAGAGGGAGCACUGUAGGUGAUGGAGGGGGAGGGGAAGAACAAAGGAAUCAGAGGAGACGCUGAGGAAACAUGGAGCCUCGGAGCAGAACGGAGCCUGGCUUUUAAAUCCACAGAUGGUCGCCUCUCAUCGCUCUCUUGCAUUUCACAUAUUCUGCCGAGACACAGCAAAGCAUCUUUUUAAACGAAGGGAAAAAAGCAGGGAAGGAGGAGGGAUGGCGGGAGGGAGGCGAGUGGGAGGCGAGGCAGAGGCAGCAGAGAGUGGGGGGAGGAGGGAGCGCUGAUGCGUCUGCUGCCGCUGUCAUUCCGCUGCUGCGCGGCUCGGCGGCAGGAGGGUGCGCUGGGAGGGAGGAGUGUGGAACGAAAUCGGAGGAAAAGGAGGACGGCAAGGGAAGGAGAGAAAGGGAGUGCCUGGGAAGCACUGCAACAGCUGCAACUGCAGCAGCCUUAGAGGAGGAAUACGAGGAGGAGGAGGAGGAGGAGGAGGAGGAGGAGGCGGAGGGAAGAAAGGGAAGGCUGCGGGAUCGUCUGAAGGGGAAGCAUUUUUAUAUUAAUGGUUUUGCACGAGGAGAAAGGUUUGAUACGGGAGCCUGUUUUCUCCCUCGCUGAUGCCUUUCUACUUGGUCUCAUGCGGGAGGCGUGCCUGGGAAUAGUGCGACAGGCAGAGAAGGAGACUUAAAGAUGGAAAGGACGGACAGCACAAAGGCAUACGGCCAAGCAGAUGGCAAAGGAGUUGGUAUGGCAGCAAAGAGGGCAAAGUCUGGCGUCCCCCAGGGCACGCCGAGGGGGGAGCUGAAGGUUUACCGGGCCGGUAGCUCCGACGGCCGGCUGCCAGUGUCCUCCAAUCUCCGCAAGCAGAGGUCUAUGACGAACCUGGCCGUGCUCACUGACGCCGAGAAGAAGUUGCACCUUUACGAGCCCAAGUGGUCCGAUGACAUGGCCAGGCCCGGGGCAGGGCCGGCCAAGACGGGCAAGCCAAAGACAGCCGGGGUCGGCAGCAGUGCCGGAGGGGGUGCCCCUCUUUCUCGGAACCUAUCCAAAUCCGAACACUCGCUGUUCCAGGGCAAACCCAAGCCCUUCAGCCCCCUGGCCGCGCCGUCCGCCCUGAGCAAGCAGAGCCGCAUACCCCGGGCUCCUUACGCCGAGGUGAAGCCCCUGAGCAAGGCGCCCGAGGACGGGAAGUCCGAUGACGAGAUCCUCUCCAGCAAGGCCAAGGCCAACGCUAAGAAGCAGGGGGCCGGAGCCGGAGGGGAGUCCGGCUCCAAAGGCCAAGGGGAGGAAGGGGGAGACAAGCCCUUCCUGAAGGUGGACCCGGAACUGGUGGUGACUGUGCUGGGCGACCUGGAGCAGCUGCUCUUCAGCCAGAUGUUGGACCCCGAGUCCCAGAGGAAGCGCACCGUGCAGAAUGUCCUUGACCUCCGCCAGAACUUGGAGGAUACAAUGUCGAGUCUGCGAGGCUCUCAGCUCAGUCACAGCUGCAUGGACAGCAGUAACGCGGGCUACGACAGCGACGACACCAACGCCCGCAGCGUGUCCAGCCUGUCCAACCGCUCCUCGCCGCUCUCCUGGCGCCACGGCCAGUCCAGCCCCCGGCUCCAGGCGGGCGACGCCCCGUCCUCCACGGGCGCCGGCUACAAGGGGGCCAAGGUCGCGGCCCAGACGAUGCCGGCCCGCUGCGCCGGCCGCCUCCGCGGCGCGUCCCGCGCCGAGCUCAUCGACGGGCUGGACGACGGCGACCUCAAGUCCGGUUACCUGAGCGACGGCGACCUCCUCGGGAAGAGCCUGCCGGACGACGACGACGACAACGACGACAACCUGGCCAACGGGUGGGACGAGAGCAGCUCCAUCAGCAGCGGGCUCAGCGACGGCGAUGGCUCGGAGAACCUCAGCUCGGAGGAGUUCAACGUCAGCUCCUCCCUCAGCUCCCUCCCCAGCACGCCCCUGGGAUCCCGACGCAGCUCCUCUGUCAUGCUCCGCACCGACGCAGAGAAGCGCUGCCUGGUGGAGAGCGGCCUUUCCUGGUACAGCGAGGACGGCAAAGCCGGCCGCGGGCUGGAGGGGGGCAGCUACGACACGGGCAGCCUGAAGGCGGAGGCCCCGAGCAGGUGGAGGAAGAAGCCCCCGAGCCUCGGCGAGGAGUCGGCGUGCAAAGGAGAGCUGAGGAAGCCUCAGAGCUUGGGUCAUCCCGGGGGUUUCAAGAAGGGCCGCAAUCCCCCCGUCGGAGUGACCUCCCCCAUCACCCAUACCUCUCAGAGCACGUUGAAGGUGGCAGCGCCUAAAAGUGAGAAGCCAAUGGAUAAAUCCAGGAUUUCCCUCAAAUCCGCCGGUCUGCAGCGCUCUCGUUCAGAUGCCGGAAGGGACCAUCACGGGGAGCACCGCAAGCCCCCGUCGGGUUUAGUCAAGCCCACGGCAGGGGCCUCCUACGGCUACAGGAAGCCCCCGGCAGCCACCGCCACCGCCACUGUGAUGACAGCAGGGGGCGCCGCCAUCUCCGGUGGCUCCGCCACCGUGGGGAAAACCCCCAGGUCUUCUGGCAUCCCUACGAAGCCCGCGGGAGGGGGGGCGCCGCCCUCGGGUCGGAAGAACAGCUUCGACGGCGGCAGCGAGCAGAGCUUCCUGGCGCCGAUCGCCCGGAACAGCAUCCAGUACCGCAGCCUGCCUCGGCCGGCCAAGUCCAGCGCGCUGAGCGUGAUCGGCCGCCCGGCGCCCCGGCCCGUCAGCGGCGCCAUCGACCCCGCUCUGCUGACCCUGAAGCCCGUGCCCACGUCCUCCUCCACGGGCCCCAGGGCCAAAGAGCUGGGUAGCUGCGGCGCCAAGACGCCCAACCGAACGGGCAGCGCCGGCCCGGUGAACAUGACGGACCGGGAGAAGGAGAAGGAGAGGGCCAAGGCCAAGGCCGACCUGGACUGUGGUUCCUUGAAGAGAGAGACGCCGUCCACCGGGGAGUCCACUCUGAAGCUGCACGGCCUGAGGCGGACCAGCAGCGGGAAAUACCCCGAGCUGUCCUCGCCCACCGCUCCAAGGAUGCUGAACACUAAGUCCCUGGGCCGCCCCCCCAGCUUGGCUCACCUGGACAAGGUCAACUGCAACAGUUACGAUUUGUGCGUGACCCUCCAGGACCUCCCGCCCAAAGUCCCCCCUUACUCCAAGCUGCAGGACUUGGCCGGCUGCCACAGCUCCUCCCGCCUCACGCCGAGCCCGGCGCCCGUGCUCCACAUCGACUCCCCCGGCUCCUACACCAGCGAGAGCCUGAGCCUGGGCGCGUCGCCCCUGCUCUACCCCAAGCUGUCCGCCACGCACCGCAGCAUGGAGUCCCUGCCGCUCCAGAUGAGCGUGCCAGCGUCCAGCGCCAGGUUUGUCAGAACCGAGGUGCAUGACAGGGACGAGAGGGGCGCGGGAACCUGGGGGGCCGGCAGCCGGACGUCCCUCCACCUGACGGAUAGCUUGCAAACAGACAGAAAUACCGUACCGAAGAAAGGCUUAGAGCGCUACGGCUCAAGCCUGUCAGAGAGUGACGGCAAGCCGGGAAGACGCCACUCCCACAACAUCGUGAGCAUGGCUGAGAGCGACACCCCCCCCCAGCUGCCUUCCCCCACCCGCCCGCUCCUCCUGCCCUCCUCGGACAAGGCCCCUCUCACCAACGUGGUUGCCCCAAUUUCUAGUGGCACCCCGAGGAUAUCGCGUUCCAACAGCAUAGGGCCGCCGGGCGAGUCGGCCUGCGACCUCUACGGAUCCUCCCCCCUGGGCAGCAGCAUGUCCCUGGCCGACCGGCCGAAGAGCUUGAUGCGGUGUGGCUCUUUCCGGGAGCCGGGGGAUGAUGUGCACGGCUCCGUGCUCUCUUUGGCGUCCAACGCUUCAUCCAACCAUUCCUCGAAUGAGGAGAGGAUACAAGGAGAGCAAAUCCGCAAGUUGAGGCGAGAGCUGGAGUCUUCCCAGGAAAAGGUCGCCGACUUGACCAUGCAGCUUAGUGCCAAUGCGAACCUGGUAGCAGCGUUUGAACAGAGUUUGGCGCUGAUGACGGCGCGCCUGGAGACCCUGUCGGUCUGCUCGGAUCAGAAGGACUCUGAGCUCACCGAGCUGAAGGAUACCAUCGAGGUCCUGAGGGUCAAAAACACAGAGGCCCAAGAAAUCAUCCACGGGGCCCUCGCCGACCCGGAGAUGGAACCUCCAGCGCCGCAGAUCAACCGACAGAACUCGUCUGAAAGCAUCUCCAGCCUCACCAGCAACACCAGCCACUCCAGUGUGGGGAGCCUCAAAGAGCAGGAGGCCAAGAAGAAGAAGAAGAAGAGCUGGUUACGCAGCUCCUUCAACAAGGCCUUCAGUAAGAAGGGCUCCAAGCAGUCUGGCCCGUACGCCGACAUCGAGGAAAUCUCCACGCCAGAGUCCUCUGCACCUUCCUCCCCUAAAGUCCACCACGUAGGGAACAACCGCCCACUGUCGAUGAAGUCCUCCACCUCGUCGUCAGGACUCUGUGACGGACAGGAGGCGGGAGACGACAAGGUUGUGACAGAACUGCGCUCGGAGCUGUGGGAGAAGGAGCGCAAACUGACAGACGUGCGCCUGGAGGCUCUGAGCUCCGCCCACCAGCUGGAGCAGCUGCAGGACGCCAUGACCAACAUGCAGUCGACGGUGGAGAACCUGAAGGCUGAGAACGACCACCUGAAGAUAGGCGGCCUGUCCCCGUGUCCGUCCCCUGGACCCUCCAGCUCCGCGUCCCAGUCCUCGGGCCUCACCGCCCUGGGAAGCUCAUCCCCUCGGCAGUCGGUGGCGAUGCCCAAGAGCUACAGCAGAGGGCCGAGUGAGGGCAGCAGCUCCGCAGACGUCUUCUUCGCAGACUCCCUCGGUGUUUCCUCGCAGAGGGAUGAGCACCGCGUCCGGGUGGUGAUUUGUGUCGCGGAUUUACACGUCUUCAAAGAUGAGGUCAAACAGAAGGAUUUCUUCGUGGGCACCGUGCGGGUGAACGGCAGGAUGGACUGGCCCAUGCUGGACUCCGCAGUCAGCCAAGCUUUCAAGGUGUACGUGGCCAAGGUGGACCCCACAUCCAGUCUGGGCCUGUCCACAGAGUCCAUCUACAGUUACAGCAUGGGCCACAUCAAGAGAGUGCUGGGAGGAGAGUCUCCAGAGACCCAGCCGUCUCGCUGCAUGUCCCGAGGCCCCAGUAGCAUCACGGUGGCCCUCAAAGGUCUGAAGGAGAAGUGUGUGGACAGCCUGGUGUUCGAGACGCUCAUUCCUAAACCCAUGAUGCAACACUACAUCAGUUUGCUGCUCAAACACCGGCGUCUGAUCCUGUCCGGGCCCAGCGGGACGGGCAAGAGCUACCUCGCCUCCCGGCUGGCCGAGUACCUGGUGGACCGCAGCGCCCGCGAGGUCACCGACGGCAUCGUGGUCACCUUCAACAUGCACCGCCAGUCGUGCAAGGAUCUGCAGCUUUAUCUCUCCAACCUGGCCAAUCAAAUCGAUCGGGAAAGCGGCCCGUCAGAGACGCCGCUGGUCGUUAUCCUGGAUGAUAUCCAUGGGCCGGCUUCCAUCAGCGAGCUGGUCAAUGGCGCGCUCACCUGCAAAUACCACAAAUGUCCUUACAUUAUUGGGACAAGCAAUCAGCCCGUGAAGAUGAUCGCGAACCACGGCCUCCAUCUCAGCUUCAGAAUGGUGACCUUCUCCAACAAUGUGGAGCCAGCCAACGGCUUCCUGGUGCGGUACCUGCACAGGAAGCUGAUGGAGUCGGAGGACGAGGGAAGCUUGACCAACGAGGACCUCAUCAGGGUGCUGGACUGGGUGCCCAAGCUGUGGUAUCAUCUGCAUGCCUUCCUGGAGAAGCACAGCACGUCGGACUUCCUCAUCGGCCCCUGCUUCUUCCUCUCCUGCCCUGUCACGGUGGACGAGUUCCGGUCGUGGUUCAUCGACCUUUGGAACCACUCCAUCAUUCCUUACCUGCAGGAGGGGGCCAAGGACGGCAUCAAGGUCCACGGGCAGAAGGCGGUGUGGGAGGACCCGGUGGAGUGGGUGCGGGGCACCCUGCCCUGGCCCUCCGCCCAGCAGGACCAGGCCAAGCUGUUCCACUUGCCCCCCCCCAGCAUCGGCUCCAGCAGCCCCGGGCAGCCCUGCGACGAGAGGCCCCACAAGGAGACGCCGCCCAGCUCCAUGGAAUCCGAUCCGCUGAUGGCGAUGCUUUUGAAACUUCAAGAGGCUGCGAAUUACAUCGAAUCCCCGGACAAAGACGACCCCGCCCUGCCCAGCCUUUGAGCACAAAGCUCCCACCUAACACUUAGCACUUCCACCUUCAUGUCUUGUGUCCAUGGUGAUGGUGCAGUACUCAUUCAGGAACAAUGGAUAUUGGGUGAUUUCAGCCAUCAUUCACGUAGUAAGUUAGGAGGAAGACACAGAUCAUACAUACCAACAUACACGCAGUAUUUCCAAAAAUCUGUAUUUUCAAAAGACUUUAAUCUAUUACCGUAGUCUAUAUUUGACUGGAAGUCAUUCACAGUUCAGAUUGUUUUUCCACCACGUCGGCGAUCACAGAUUGGUGCUAAAAGGUCUCAAAGAAUCGUCACAGCACUUCAGACUUCAGGUGAUUUCUACAACAGCACAGGUGCAUCAUGGGAUGCGGAGCGCUUACCAACAUCAGCUGUUUCUAAACUUUGAUUGGAAAAGAGUAUGACAGCAGUGCAGAUGCUACAAAGUUCUUUGGUACAUAUCUACUGUAUACGUCUUUCAAGGGCAUCUUCUACUUAUGCAACCUGAGCAGGAGAAACAUAUGAAAUGCCUUAAGAACAAAGACGUAAAUGUCACCUCAACUUCAGCAGGGAACACUGGUGCUCUCAUCACUAUCCCCCCCCAGCUGGGACUGUCAGGAGUCACUUCUUUUUUUUUUAUUUCUCUGCAUGAAUUCAAAUAAAUAAUUUGAUUUUUUUUUAGUUUUUACAAUAUCAAAAAAAAAUAAAGAUAUGAAUAUCAGUAUAUGUUUUCACAUCGUCAUUAUAAUUAAUAAUGGUUAAUAAGUUUAAAAAAAAAAGGUUUAACUUGCUGUCAUACUCUUUUGCAUGAAACAAAAGCUCUUCAUUAGUGGCGUGAGUUCAACACUUUGUUGCUGUACAGCUCCAGAAGUACUUUAGGUGUCACCAAUGCUGCCGUAUAUAUAUUUAUCAGGUAUUAGAAACGUAUUACACAGGGAUAAUAAAAAAAAUAACCAACACCAUCUGAUUAAACAGAUCGAGCAAAUGCGGUUUGAAUCCUAUUCAGAUUUUCUUUUCUACAAUAUUUAUGUAGGAAAGUGUGACUUUGAUCUUUCCCCCGGAUUCAUAACAGCUACUGUACAUAUUAUGUAAAUGCAAACAGGCUACAUCAGUUAUUUUAGCUAUAUUAGUUGGUGCAAAUAUCUAAUAUAAUAAACCAAAUACUGUACUUUAAUCAAGCAUAUUGACAUAUCAUGUUAGAAGUUUGAGUUAAACAAUGAAUGUAUAGAAAACACUUUUAACAGUAUUACUCAUUUAAAGGAAGCCUCGAUCACAAAGCUCCACUGCGAAACACUUUUAAGUCUUACUUUAAAGCUUUCUGCUGUGCGUACGUCCGUCCAUUGUUAUUUACAACACUUCAGGAACAGACUGCAACGGAGAGCUCUCAUUCUCAUCCUCACUAUCAUCCUUUAGGUACUUUUGGUGCUCCAGUGCUGAAUAAAGAUCACAUGGACGUUCAGGCUGUAGUUUUGUGUCAUACAGUAGAACCAUCUGAAGCUAAAGUAAAGUGAACUAGAUCCGGAUGCUAAGCUGGACCCGUUAGGCAAGAGGCAGUGUGUGGGCACGUUAAAGACUCGACACUUUGGGUACAAGAACGUGACGACGUUUUCUGAGGAAUGAUUAAAAAGCAAAAGAUGUAAACACUUUUUAUAAAAGACGCCCGAAUGCAGUAAGUGGCAUUUGGUCCACAAAACGAUGCACCUGUCUUUCCCAAACUGUGUCACGUGUGUGUUGAGGAACUCUGACAACACGUCACAUGUACGUCGUACAUCAUGCAAUGAAUGUCAGACCAGCCUGAUGAGAAAGUCUAACGAUGAAUGAUUGACAUGGCAUCCGAGCUCUGUUGCUCUGUUGCUGUGCUGUUUGCGUGACACUGAUAAUCUGCAGCUCUGUUCUGGAAAAAGGGAAAAAAAGAAGCCCGAUUUCACGACAUCGAAGAGCAAAAAGAUCCCAAAUGGCCUGCGACUGUCACGCCGGUCACACGCCACCGGAGAGUAAUGUCAGUUAUUGUAAAUAUUUCAGGUGUUGGACUACCAGCACCUGGUCUGUCUCUGCAGGUCAACUGAAGCCAUCGGCUCCUCAUCUCGUCCACUGGUUGUUGUGCCCGUGGCUCCGUAGUAGCUGUGAUUUGUGUUGACUUACUUAGUGAAUGGGGACUAUGCAGCAACUUCUACUGGUGUUGGUACUCAGCAAAACGCCUGACUGCUUUCAAGCCGGUCUGUCCUCGACUCGUCCAUUUGGACCAAAUUGCACGACGGGACAGAAGUGUGAGCUUGUUUUUUUUUUCCCGCGGGCGGUUCUGAGCCUUAAAGAGAAGGGGGUCAGUGUGCCGUUGGGUUCUGAACAGGGUUUAUCCAUGUGGCCAAAGGACAAAUGAAGCAGUUUGGAAGCAUGAGUUUUUGUCCUUCCCCAAAUGGCAAAAAAAAACGUCACUUAAAUGAACAAACGAGAAAAACGAGUCGGCAGGAAUCAGCACGUCAUCGUGGAACUCCGUGUCCAAUCGGAGCAGAUGAAGACAUGAAUCCCAUCUCUUGAGGCCAAUACAGGUUGCUGAAUAGUCAUAUUUUUGAAAACCUUGUUGUGGACAAUACUGAGAUUAAAAAAAAAUGUUAUGCGGUAUAUAAUGUCACUGACGUACAAAUGUUAAGGGUUUCUAAGUGUUGUGAAUGCAUGUCAAAUUGCUGUGUGAUCAGACUUAAAAAAAAAAGGUUAACAACAGUUUAUCGUUUAGGAAAUCAUUCCAGAGAAUGUUUUCCUUUUGAAUACUCAAAAUAUUUGAUAUUUCUUUUCUCUCUUUUCUAAAGAACCCUUUGUAAAACUUAAUUUCUCUAUUUUGUACAGGCCAUCAUUGUAAAGAGUGUAAAUAGGUCAGCAUUCUGAAUGCGGCAACAAUCAUUGAGGACGGGAGACAAAGAAAUCAUCCUUGACAGAAAAAGGACAUUUCUUCAGAGUUGGGUCCAGUUUAUGGAUAAAGUUUGUUUCUGAAGGCUUUCAUCCACCUGUCACUGGUUGUUGGAAUCAAUAAAAUACAUGUUAUAUUUA